UUCUUCGGCCAUUCCCGUUGUUUUAUUGAACUUUUUCUCUUGUUGGUUGUCACUUUUUGCAGACUUCUAUCGGAUCGGAUUUAACCGCUUCUGAGGAAAAACUCAAGCCGUCCACUUGAACCUUUAGUACUAAUUAACAAAGGCCUCUCCCCUUAUCAGUAAGACGAUUGUUGGAGGAUCUUAUAUUUACUAGUCAAAUCUAGAAAAAUGGUGAAGCUGUAUUCUUUAGCGAUUUUACAUCGCAGCGAGCAAGGGUCACCACAGCUACUUAGAGCGGCUUACGACCUCUCAAGUUUUGGAUUUUUUCAACGAAGCAGCGUUCAAGAAUUUAUGGCUUUCACUGCCAAGAUCUUGACUGAAAGGACAAGUGCUGCGUCCAGACAAUCGGUGAAACAAGGAGAGUAUAUGUGUCACAUUUAUGUGAGAGCAGAUGGACUCUGCUGUGUUUUGACGGCAGAUCAUGAAUACCCACAGAGGGUUGCUCAUACCUUGUUAACCAAAGUGCUUGAUGAUUUUGCUGCUCGGGUGGAAUCAUCCCUUUGGAUAGAAGGAAAUGCUGCCUGUGCAGCUUAUUCUGGAUUAGAAGCAUCUUUGGCAAAAUAUCAAAAUCCCAGAGAAGCAGAUGCUCUAACUAAAGUUCAAGAUGAACUAGAUGAGACUAAGAUUAUUUUGCAUAACACAAUUGAAGCUGUAUUGCAAAGGGGUGAAAAACUGGAUGACCUUGUAUCAAAAUCUCAAGGACUGAGUGAUGCAUCAAAAAUGUUCUAUAAAACAGCUAGAAAAACAAAUUCAUGUUGCAAUUUUGGAUAAGUUCUCAAGAAAUGUUUAUUUGAUCACAUUCUUGGAAUGGUACUAUUACUUUAUUUUUUGAAGAUGGUCAUAAUUCACAUUCCUGAAUGAGUUGAAAUUGAAAGACAUAUGGUACAGUUAUAAAUUCAUUUUUAAUUUUUGAAGGGUGCCCAAUAAUUGCUGUGAACUUUUCUGUCCCACUCUGUUCCCGUUAUGCGACAGCACUCAUUUUCUGUUUCUCAUAAAUGUAUCAUAUCGUAAAUGAUUGUGACGCUAAUGUUAGGUAUUUCGCUGACGUUGCAUGGAUUGUCGUCUCUAUGAUUUCAUUUCACAGCUUGCAUCUGUGCCGCAGGUCCAUCGAUGUAAAAGAAAUAAAUUCUUCUUAAUCAAUUUA